AAACUCUUGACUUUAAAGGAUGGGUUUGAAAACUAAUGAAAACAUGGAUAUCGAGGGAGUUGAGAACACUUUCGAAAAUGCCGGAUCAACUAAGACGACUGAUGGAUUGACUGAAACUCUCGAGUUUUUCCAGGAUUGUGAGAAUGGGUUAAACCGUCUUCCCCCGGAGAUCUGGAGAAAUAUUGUUUCAAGGGUUGCGUAUGAAGAUUACCCUUGUGUACGUAAUGUUUGCAACAUGUUCAGAGAAUUUCUUGAUGCCUGCCCGUUGUUCUGGAACAAGAAGCUUAUUCUUAAAGUUCCCAGUCUGAUAGAGAACCAGAGAAUUUGCUUGAAGAAGAUACGGCAGUACAGUGUGCUGGAGCACUUUGCUCUGGUUGGUGUACAUGAGGUUGAUAAGGAGAAAACUAUUAUUCCUGAACAGUUUAUCAAAAAUCUGGCGGAAACAUGCACUAGUCUGUCUUCACUUCUCCUUGAAUACUGCAAACUUGAUCUCAGUGCGCUGCUGCUUAUCGAAAAAUCUUGCGAUAAACUGCAGAUAGUUCGACUGACAGAAGUAGAUCUGCUAGUUGGUCCAGGCAUUGAUAUGGGAAAAGGACUUUUUCAUCGUGUUCUCAACAUAUCUCUCGACUGUACUUUCAUCAAUACUACCCCGACUCCUGAUCAUCUACCCCCUAUGCUCCCUGUCCCCGACUACCCUGGUGUAGACUUCAUGGACCCUAUGGAGUUCCAGGCUAACGACGAGGAUGCCCAAGAGGCUGGCGAGCUGUAUCUAGAAGAGGAUUAAUCCACGAAAUACUACCAGAAAAUCCACGAUUUAAUAUCGGAAAAUCCACGAAAAUGACGAAGAUGUUGACUAGAAAUUAUUGACGAUAAAUACUUAUUCAUUGAAAUCAGACACCGGUUUUGUAAUAACGCUGCUCUUCCAUUAAAUUUAUUUACAACCCUCAAAAUUACAUAUAUUUAUUUAUUUUAUUUUACCAAAAAAUAAAACUAGAACAAAAUUUAUUAUAUAUCUUAGUAUUAAUUAAAGAACUUGUAUAAACACUUAUUUUUUACCUAAAAUUGUGCAAUUCUGAAGCAUAAAUUGCUUAAUGUAAACAACUACCUCAUUGAAAACAAAAAAAAUGUUUUUGCUUAAUGCUUGUUGUGUUAAAAUAGGUUAAAUUUAUUUUGUCUAUUUUGAUCAUGUCUAUAAUUGAAUGUUUAUCUUACAAUUAUGCCUAAACUUUCGCUGGGCAAACUUUGUAUAGUGAAAGAGUUUUUAAAAUAAUGCAUAAUGUAUGUAAAUUAUAAUAACUUUCAGCAGACCUUAAUCAAUGUAACCUUUCGUAACUAAAUUUUUUGCAACAUUAACUUAACAUCCCUUAAAUCUUACAAACGGAUUUUUUUUUACCGAUAUUGUUUAUUUAAAUAAGUCCAAAUAUGUUUUCAAA